AGACUAAUAUAAACGUUGAGCUCAACAACCUCAAAGCCCUCUUUUGCGCCACCGACUACACACAAGUCGACGGCUAGGGUUUACUAAUCGCCGGCGAUCCACGAAAUUGAAGAUCGGAACUCUUCAAUUUCCGGCAUGGCCUCGCCGGAAGCUCCCCUCUGCUACGUCGGCAUCGUCAAAAAGUCCCCCGCCUUUCGCCUCAUGAAACAAAUGGGAUGGGAAGAAGGAGAGGGACUUGGGAAAGACAAGCAAGGGAUCAAAGGUCAUGUCAGGGUUAAGAACAAGCAGGACACCCUUGGUGUUGGAUUGGAAAAGCCUAAUCCUUGGGCAUUUGAUACGGCACAAUUUGAUAGUAUUCUCAAAAAGUUGAAAGUGCAAGCAACAGAAGUCAAAAAUGCAGAAGUUGUUGAAAAAGAGGAUGAAGCUGAGGAAACCAAAACAUCUAAUGAGAAUCAAGAUCCAGUUCCAGUUGUCAAGUCUACCCGGCCACAAGGAAGAUACAAGAGAAGAGAAAAGGGAAAACUUGUUCAGUCGUAUACUUCCAAGGACCUGGAGGGGAUCCUGGUUAAAAAAUCGGAGGAGUCUUCUGCGAGUGAUCAGGAUAGACGAUUGGAGACUGUAGAACAAUUGGAAAGUGAUGUUUUAGUUGCUGAAGUUAAUGUGCCAAAGGAAAUGCCGGUAGACUGGUGGGGCUACAAAUCUGGAUUUGUUUCGGGAGGUUUUCUUGGAGCUCAGUCCAAGAAAAGGAAACUUGUUUCAGCCGAACAUACUCGCAAUCCUCAUGAAAGGAUUGCUUUUCAUGAGGAGGAUCAGGAAAACCUGUACAAUCUCGUUCAAAAUAAGGCUACAACUGGAAAGCAAGGUCUUGGCAUUAAGGAUAGGCCUAGAAAAAUAGCUGGUUGCCACUUUGAGGGCAAGAAGACUUCUUUUGAUGAUAGUGAUGAUGAUGUUGAUGAUGAUAGUCCUGCUGAUUCUAGUUCACCAACACAGAUGCAUGUUGAUUCAGAAACUGAAAGAAGUGACGAACCAAAACCAAAGCUAAAAAAGUUGUGCAGACAGCUUCUUCGUAAAGUGCCCGGAGAAUCGUUAAAGUUGAAACAACUUAAAGUCCUUAUAGAACAACAAUCAUCAUCUACGUUUUCCAGCUUCUCUUCAAAAAGAGACGCCCUUGAUUUUUUAAAACAAAAGCUUGAAGGCAGUGAGAAGUUCGUUGUAGACGGAAAGAGAGUUUCGCUAAAAUGAAGGAGCAACUUCUGAAUUUUGUGUCAAAGUUGAGAAAUUUCUUGGUCUGUACAUUGCAGCUGAGAGUCAGGUAGUAUAUCUAUACUUAUUACUCUUUCUCUAUUUUUUACUAGUAAUGUAUUCCUAUUGGAAACAUGUAAUGUAAGCCAUUUUGACAGGAAUGUGUGAGGCUUUAAGAUUUAUGUAAUACAUUAUUUUUGAAGAGUGGUGUAGCUCAUAAAUAUUGUUUGUUACUUUUUAGCAGUUUAAGAUUAAAUUCGUUGA